AUGGCCGACGCAAAGACAUUCAAGCAGGACAUGGUCGUUUCGAUCCGAUAUCGAAAUGACCUGCCUCCUCCGCCUAUGCCCCCAAAGUUGCUCGACAUCGACACCGGUGGCUUGUCUCAGUACCUCACGACGAGUUACGCGUCCGGCCUUGCGAAACGAGAAGAACCAAAUAUUGAAAUCGACGCCGAAGGGGGAAUGCCCAUUGAUAUGAUCGGUGUGCCGGGGUAUUUCUUGGGUGAUGAGAGCGCAAUCAUGGCGCCAGAGAUCACACCAGUGUUGGACCCUGCGGAUCAAGCUCUGCUGAUGUCGCUGGAGCAAUUGAAGAGCCAGGGCGCAAAGAACAAUGUCUCGUUCCUCCGAAAGACGCAAUACAUGACGGCCUCACAAAUCGCCAAAACCACCGAUCCAUUCAUGCGAUCGAGUCCUCGGCCGCAGAAGACCGCAGGCGCCAAACCACCGCCAGUCCCAAUAUCUCGAGAUGAUCCAGAGAAUAUCAAGAGACAGAUUCAAAAGGGUUUUGAUCUCGCCUAUCCCGACAGUGUGCCCUACAAGCCCCAAGACGCAAAAGCAAACCCUAUUACCUCUGCAGAACGAGAUGUCUGGGAACAUCCUCAACAUCCAGACAACCGCAAACUUCAUCCGGUUGACUACUACCCCAUCAUGCCUGACCUCGAGACUGGCACGGAUAUGGCCUCAAAUUGGCAGGCCAUCAAGUUCGACAAGCCACCCCUCCCACCGCUCAAGAACGGCCGCAGAGACGACCGGAUCGACGUCGGCCUCUUGAUGGCCUCAGAGAACCCGGAACUGAUGCCCGAAUGGCGGGCACGCAAAGAAGCCCACGAGGCAAAUCCGCAGGACUACUCCGACCCUGGUCCCGAGCCGUAUACAUGGUUGCUUUCAGUUCCUAAACAACCAGACGCCACGCCGCGCAUCCGCCAACUCUUCGACGACUCCAACCCCAACAAAGAUGACCCCAAUCUGAUGGCCCCCUUGCUCGAGGAAUCUGCCGACGGCACCCCGAGACUGCCCUUCGAGCGCAUAAAAGUCUACACCGACGCCACCCGCCAAGAAGUCGACCCUCGCCGCGUGGUGGCUCUGUCGCUCGUCAACCCUGCGAACCUGCAGCAACACUCACGCUUCCGCAAGCACGAUAGCCCCGCGGCAUACUACUAUCCGAUCUACGAGCGCGUCAAGAUGAAAGCCGAUCGCGGCCAGCUGUCCAAACAGAGAAACGCUGGACACCCCUUGGAAGAAGACCUCCCCGAUCAAAUGAUGGUGUUAUUCCGCGAACCAGAUGCCAAGGAACGGCAUAUCCGGAGCGAAUUCCGGGGACGCAAUGAUCAGAGUUUCGCAGAGCAGUGGGCCGAACUUGAGCGAGAGGUGCAGUUGGAGGAGGAGAAGGAGCAUGCCGACCGGAUCCUGGACGAGCAGGGGCCGCUGCAUGAGGGUGCUCAGGACGUGUCCAUGGCAGAAGUGGAGGGCGCGGAGGACGCCGAGGUAUCCAUGAAUGGCGCACAGAGGAAGGAUAGAGCUGACGAUCGUAACACGCCGCCGCAGCAGCCGCAGUCGCCGCCUGUGAAUGGCAAUGCAGGGAGGGAUGUGGAUGCGGACGCCGAAGAUGACGACGACGAUAUGCUCGACGGUUGA